CUCUCCAAAUCCCCAACCCUCUACCAACUAGCAACGUCUUCGGCGGCGUCGUCGUCGUCGUCGUCGUCGUCGUCGUCAUCCAAAAGUGAUAACAAUAACAGAAUUCAGUUAUUGCUUAACAGGAUUCAGUUAGUCGCUAACAGAAUUCAGUUUCAGUUACCUUCGAUUCGCGGCCUGAGGUUCCACGUCACCAUCGUUAUCCUCUCGUUCUUUGUGUUCUAUCUGAUUAUCGUUUUCUUUCCUGACAACUUCUUGCUCCUUCUUGAGUUCGUCUCCGCCGUCUCUGCCGCCGGGGCCUUGCUCUUUUCCCUUCAAUUAGCCCUCCCACGCCUCCCAUCCUCCAUCCGCCGAUUCAGGCCGCGGCCGCUGCUGCCGGUCUUCUGGGCCGUGGGGAGGAAGAAACAGAAACAGCAGGGCUCCUCCUACGGUGGAUCCACGGGUUUUCGGGAGCAGGUGUUCUCGAACGGCGACGUUUACCAGGGGGAGAUAAGGAAGGGGAAGUGUUGGGGGAGUGGGGUUUAUUAUUAUAGUAUGAGUGGGAGGUAUGAAGGGGAUUGGGUGGAUGGGAAGUAUGAGGGUUUUGGGGUGGAGACAUGGGCAAGAGGGAGCAGGUAUAAAGGGCAGUUUAAGAUGGGAUUGAGGCACGGUUUCGGGGUUUAUAGAUUCUACACUGGGGAUGUUUAUGCCGGGGAGUGGUCGAGUGGGCAGAGCCAUGGCUGUGGAGUUCAUACUUGUGAUGAUGGGAGCAAGUAUGUUGGGGAGUUCAAGUGGGGGGUUAAGCAUGGUCUUGGACACUACCAUUUCAGAAAUGGGGAUACAUAUGCUGGUGAAUACUUUGCGGACAAAAUGCAUGGAUUUGGGGUAUAUCGAUUCGCGAACGACCAUCUUUAUGAAGGAACCUGGCAUGAGGGUAGAAGGCAAGGACUCGGAAUGUAUACGUUCAGAAAUGGGGAAACCCAAUCUGGUCAUUGGCAAAAUGGAGUUCUUGAUGUCCCAAGCACACAGAAUGCCGUGUAUCCAGUUUCUCCCGUUGGUGUCAAUCAUUCUAGAAUACUUAAUGCAGUGCAGGAAGCAAGGCGAGCAGCUGAGAAGGCAUACGAUGUGGCCAAGGUAGAUGAAAGGGUGAAUCGAGCAGUAGCGGCCGCGAAUAGAGCAGCCAAUGCAGCUAGGCUAGCCGCGCUCAAGGCUGUGCAGAAACAAAUGCAUCCCAAUGUUAACACAGAGAGCAUUAGAGUCCCCAUUGUGUAAGGCUGCUUUUAUAUUAGCAGAGAAUCAUAAGAUUGCUGUUUAAGCAGCAAGCGGAUUUUAUUACCUUAUCUGCCAUGAGUCUUGUAUAGAAAGGAAGGGUAAUAGCUUCCAUAUGCUAAAACUAUAGAUAUCUCCUCUUUUACUUUCUCCACAUUUUGUAAAUGUCUGUAGAUGUAAAUGCUGGUUUGAAGGUGAAACCUUUAUCCAGCUACUGUUGUUGUAAAUCUUUUGGUAAAGGGAAAAGAAAUAUGAACCAUAAAAUGUUUCUUUGUCCCACAACUUUAUAUAAAUUGCUUCAAUGACACUGGUAUGAAAUGUGAUUUAUUUAAGUAUAUUUCCUGUUAUCUUAA